AUAAUGCGUCAUGACAGAACCAACAGAAUAUACGGAAAGUAGAAUUUGACGAGAGAGGUUGUCAGUUGUCGAUAAUAAUACGUUUAUACCUUAUAGAAAUAUAGUUUAAGAUAUUUCAAUAUCAAUAUCAAUUUGUGUGUUACGUACAUUUUGAUGCUCAAGUGGACAGACAAUUUGAACAUGUCAUUUAAAGUUUACUUAAAAAACAACGAUGGUUCUACAAAAGACAUUCGAAGAUUUACUACCAAGACGAAUGAGAGAGUAGAUUUUAACGAUGUUUGUGAAAAACUAAAACAGUUUUUCCCUGAACUUCGUGGCAACGAGUUCACAGUCUCGUGGAUAGAUGUAGACAACGAUGAAAUUCGAAUAUGCAGUGAUCAAGAACUCGAGGUGGCUACAAAAUUGAACCCCGCCCUACUCCGACUGUACGUACAUUUAUGUCAAAUUCCUAACAGAGGAGUAUGGAAUGGUGUAGUGUGCGAUGGUUGUAAUAAUGAGCUUAAAGGAUUUCGAUACAAAUGUGUUCGAUGCAAAGAUUACGAUUUAUGUUCACAGUGUGAAUUAUUAGGUUUACACGCGAAUCAUUAUAUGAUUCGUAUUUCGCAUUCUCAACAAUGGUCAGCUCAUCAUGCCCCACGUUUGCAUCGCGAUGAAAGAAAAUUUCUCAAAAAGAAAGCCAUGUAUUUUACAAACAAUUACACAUUUUAUGAUGGAAAUGGUAGAGAAAUGUUUAACCUUUUAAAGUUCCUAAAAAAGUUUGACUUGGAUAUGUCUUGGAUAGUGGAUAUUAAAACUGGUACUAGUUCUGAUACUAGUCCUGAUACUAGUCCUGAUACUAGUCCUGAUACUUUGAAUAUUUCUCAAACUAAUAAAACCGAAGAAAAAAAGGAAUGCCAAACAAAUAUAACUACCAGCCAGACUGGUACAGAAAAAAUUCCUGAAAAAGAUACGAAACUCGUUAUCGAUUCAAUCGACGAAACAUUUACAUCCGAUAAUGCGUCGGUUUCAAGUGCGGAGACAACUAUUAAAAAAGCUGAAGGGACAGAAGAAUGGACAAUUUUAGAUAAAACUGAUACUUCCGAUAUCAAUUCUACAUCCUUCAUUUCAUCCGGUUUAAACGUUUUAUCUGAAAAACAAGUUUCCGCAAACGCAUCGAUGGUUUCAUCAACGUCAAAAGAGGUUGAUACGUCGGAUCAGACAAUAUAUCCUCAACUAGCAAAAGAAGAAGAAAGUUCAUAUCAUCCCAAUCCAAAAGUUCGUGAAGGUCUUUCGAUAAUGCUUGCAAUGGGAUAUUCCAAUAAAUCAGGAUUACUGACUCAUUUACUAGAAGCUGAAGAUGGAGACAUUAAAAAGGUUUUGGACUUGUUAGAUUAAAAUACAUGUAAAUUACACAUAUUGUAGGUUUCCAUAAUUGGAUCAUGUCCAGAAAAUUCAACUGAAACUAUAUAAAAGAAAUUCUGUACUAUUAGCAGAUGUUAUUGUUAAUAACUGUUAGACUUGUGUUAAUCUUUGACUUACAAUUAAUAUAUUACUGAAAUCAAUAAAGUAAUUAAAAUAAAAAAAAA